AUGCUUGACGACUUUAAUAAAGCCUUUGGAAAGAUUGCUCUUCGACUAAAUCUCACAGAAACGAUGUUCAUAAGGAACGGAUUGGUUUCGUAUCCCACAUUCACGCUCAAUGGAACAAAUAUCUCCGAACGCUCCAGCUAUGUCUAUCUAGGUCGCGAUAUCAAUAUGAUAAACGACUUAGCACAAGAGGUGAGCAGAAGGAUACGAGCGGCCUUGGAAGCUUUCAAGAGCAUCGAGGAUGCAGUGAAGAAAACAAAGCACACCCGACUCUGUGCCCAGCCUUUCGACCCAACCGUACUUCCUGCCCUAACCUAUGGAUCAGAAGCCUGGUCGCAGCGUAAGCAGGAUGAAAGAUCACUCAGCGUUAUCGAACGCGCAGUCGAAAGGACGACGCUAAGAGUAUCCCGUUCCACACAAAUAAAGGAUGGGAUCCGAAGCUCCGAUCUGCGUCAACGAUCAAAAAUCAAAGAUGCCGUUCUGUACGCCAGACAGUCGAAGGCAAGGUGGGUCAGACACGUAAUGCGUGUGAGUGACAACCGAUGGACAAGAAACUUUAGUAACUGA